UGAACCAAUCUGCUCAAACAUAAUCGACACAACAAACAAGCUUUUAAUGGAUAGAUUGAAAAUCAAACGCGAUUAUACAUGGGAUCCCGUCACUAAUGAGGCUACAAAAUAUAUUGAUGAAUUAAUCGAUAACUCUGAUACUCGCAGUAAAUUCCGUAGCAAACUUCAACUUCCAUUUGUUUCACCAGAUGAACAUAUUCAUUUAGCAAACACUAUGAAAUACAUUGGGUCCAUCGUUUUGCUGACAAACUCUUCACGAAAUCCGCUCUUGGAUAAAAACUCUGAAGGUUGGCAGAAUUGUCAUAUCUUGACUCCGUUGAUUGAUGAUUGCUUUUUGACAUGUGAGAAAUUCAAAUUCAUCGGCGAAGAGAUAUCAUUGGCAUCUACUGAGCGUAAGAACUUAUCAAGGGAAGAAUCGGGAAAAAAACAAUCUGGACACAAAAUUGAUAUUCUAUUUCGUAUUGAUGAUGUGGAAUAUUUCGGUUCAGAAACAUACGUUGACGAAGAUCCACAAAACUCCAAACCGAUUUCCUACAAGCAUAAAAUUUUGCGAGAAAUGAAGGAUCAACUAGACCGUCUCUUAAAGAAGUUAAAAUUUACAAAGGAAACAAUUAAAUGGAUAAAGAACAUUGUUGUACAUGGAAUAAAUCAAAGAGAACAUACUGCAAAAGAAAACGCUGAGAAUGCAAAGCAAAGCCAAACGGAAAAUACCGAACUUAGAGAUAUGGUCACGAAAUUAGAACAAAAGCUGUCUUUAACCUGUCCAGAAUCAACGGUAAAUUCUCAGCCCCAGUCACGGAUUACUGUGUGUCCUGAGUUGAAAACUCGUGGUUCUACCAUUGGCACUAGCUCCGCUAUUUCUCCUGAAAUAAUAGGCGAUCCUGAAAUGUCAUCUAUUGGUGUGAGCAAGCUAAAGGCCGAGAAUUAA